GUUGUAUCAAACCAUUUCCCUUAACCCUACUUUGUUUGGUGGCUGUUUGGGUUUAAUUUGUAGCGCUUGGGCAUAUGCUUAAGACCGUCCAAUUUCUCCUCAGUUUCUCACCUUCUAACAACUUCUUCUCCAUCCUUUUCCCCUUGGCCUUUCCGAACCACUUUUCUGGUCCCUUUUAUUUGCUCCUCUACUUGUCCAUAUUUGAAACAAAGCAAACAAAGGCCACUGCUCAAUGUGCAACCCCAAAUCUAGCUUGUUCUUAUACAAGAUCUAGAGAAAAUUCAAAAUUACAGUGGUUUGGAAUAGUCUUUUGGACUUUUGCUGUGAAAAUGGCUUUAGAAACUGUGAUCUACCCUCAAGAUUCGUUAGUUUAUGGGUGUAAAGAGUUUUAUGGAGGUGGGGGGUGGGGGGCUAUGAUUUUAGCUCUCAGGGAGAUGUUGACAAGGCGUUUCUUGGGAUGCUAGAGGAUAAUACGACUACCAGUAUGGACAAUCAGAGCUUGCACGGGUAUUGGGAUCCCAACUCCUCGCCGGAAGCGUGUAACGGCGGCGAUCACCAUCCCUCGCUCCUCGUCGUCGAUGGGUCCUUGCCAGCUGCCGCCGCCAUGGAUCAACCGCCGGCGACGCUUUCCGCCGCCGCCGGCAGGCGCAAGCGGCGGCGGACUAGGACGUGCAAGAACAAGGAGGAGUUGGAGAAUCAGAGAAUGACUCACAUUGCCGUGGAGCGCAACCGCCGCAAACAGAUGAAUGAAUACCUCGCCGUUAUUCGAUCUAUGAUGCCAGCUUCCUACGUUCAAAGGGGUGAUCAAGCGUCAAUAAUUGGAGGCGCCAUUAAUUUCGUGAAGGAGCUUGAGCAACAUCUUCAAACCCUCGAAGCACAUAACCGUGUCAGCAACAAUAAUAAUCAACCCGACAACGGCGGCGUGUCGUCGCCGCCACUGUUCGCCGAUUUCUUCACGUUCCCGCAGUACUCAAAGACCCAGGGAGCAACUAACGGUGUUGGGUCAUCAUCGGCCGGCGCACCUGAGGCGGCGACAUCGCCGGCGGAGAACCGGUCGGCGUUGGCGGACAUCGAAGUGACGAUGGUGGAGAGCCACGCCAAUGUGAAGAUACUGUCGAAGAAAAGGCCGAGGCAGCUCCUCAAGAUCGUCGCUAAUCUUCAGUAUCUAUGGCUCACUGUUCUUCACCUCAACGUCACCACCGUCGAUCAAAUGGUGCUCUACUCGCUUAGCGUUAAGCUUGAGGAUGGUUGCCAGCUUACAACAGUAGACGAAAUAGCUGACGCCGUUCACCAACUGCUUGCCAGAAUCCAAGAAGAAGCUGCUUGCACCAGUCAAAACUGAAAAAAAAAAAAAAAAAAAAAAAAAAACCACCCUUUAUUAACUCUAAAUUUCUUUUUUCUUUUUUUUUUUACUCAAUUUUCUCUCCCCCCAUUUUCUUUUUAGUUUUAGGUUUUGAGGACUUGUAACAUUCCAGUGCCUUUUGCAAAUUGACUGUGUACGAACCCAUGACGAACCCUUGUGAUCCGAGCCUGACACUCAAUAACUUUCAAGAUUCUUUUCUUUUUAAAAAAAUUA